AUGAACGGAGCGGGGCACAUGGAGCCCAGGAGCGGGAGGUCGGGAGGGGCGGUGUCGCCCGUGGAGCAGGACAUGAUGAAGAAGCUGGAGGCGGCGCUGUCCAAGCAGUCCCUCGGCGCGGAGUCCAAGGGCCAGCUGGCCGCCAGGCGGCGGGAGGAGGAGGCGGGGUGCAAGUGCGGCGCCCUCAUGCGGGCCAGCCAGCUCGUUGAUCAAGUUAUAUCUGAAUCUUUCAGGCGCCUGGGUUCCAUGGUCGGCGCCCACCCCAUCUGGGUCAUCAUCGUUACACUGCUUUUCGUCGCCUUAAGCGCCAUUCCCCUCCUGGAGAAGGCCUAUCCUGGCAAGGGCUUGGUGGCUUUUCAUGAGGAGCUGGACAAGGACAAAUUGUACGCCCCCACCGGGUUCAGGUCCUCCGAUGACAGUAAAUAUGUAAAGAGCAUCUACGACAAAGAGCAACUGACUCAGCUGGUUCUGGUGAAGAGGGACACGACUAGUGGAUCCCGCAAUGUUCUAACGAGGGACCUCGUUGCUGAGGCGUGGGAUCUUUGGGAGUGGAUCAGGACCCUCGAGGUGGAAUAUGAAAACCAGACGUACCGGUGGGAGGACGUGUGUGCAAGGAACGAAAAACCGGAUUCGGACGAGCAGCUGCCAUGCAAGAUGUUCAGCAUCUUUGACGUGUGGAGCCUGAACCGGACUGCAUUUGAGAUGGAUGAUAACUAUUUAGAAACGAUGACCAAGAAGACAGUGGCGCCUGGAGAGGAGCUGGUGAAGGGGCUGGCCAAAGGCGCCGUCACUGGCUACGGAGCCCUUUUGUUUCGCGAUUUGGUUCUGGGCCAAGAUUACGUCACCACUGACGAAAAUGGGAUUCUGAAGUCCGCCGAGGUGUUUAGAAUUACAAUGAUCAAGAAGGAACAUAGGAGAGAGAUUCUUGGCAAGAACUACGACCCGGUCACCACUGCCUGGGAGGCAGAGCUCAUCGACCUUGUCACAUUCCGGUGGCAAGGUCGGCUGAAGGGCUACGCUGCAAGCUUUGAGGAAGUAGACAGGCAGUCUGAGGAGCAAGUGCACGAGGACCUCCUAUUUGCUGCACUAAGCUACGUGUUUGUCAUCAUUAUCAGCCACUUCGUCCUGUUCAGGAACAAUCGGUCCUUCUGCAAGGCGCACCUGACUUUGGUCAGCAUCGUUGCGAUCACCUGCUCCAUCAUCACCGCGCUCGGGGUGGUCAACCUGAUGGGCGUGCCCUACAACCUCGUCGUCAACACCGUCCCCUUCCUGAUGGUGGGUCUGGGCAUCGAUGACACGUUCGUGAUCAUGGGCGCCUACGCCAGCACGCCGCCCUACCACACCGUGCAGCAGAGGAUCGAGGAGACCAUGAUGAGGGCGGGCACCUCCAUCUUCGUCACCAGCCUCACGGAUUUCGUGGCCUUCGCCUUUGGCACCUUCACUCGCAUCCCGGCCAUGCGGGCGUUUGCCCUGUAUGCCGCCGCAGGCGUGUUUUUCGACUUUCUGUAUCAGGUCACUUUCUUCGUUGCUUUCGUGGUCUUGGACACAAGGCGAGAGGAGCGCUCGAGGAAAGGAGCACCCCUGUUCGGAUUGGGCCCUGUCCCGCCGGCGGCACCGCAAAAGGGUGCCCCAAAGGCCCAAGAGAUGUCCAAAAUGGAGGCUCAGUGUGGCAAGCAGGUUGGCGGCACAGUGAUCAAGCACGAAGUUAACCGCAAAAGGACGUAUGAGAAGCAGAUCUCCAUGACAGAAUGGAAGAUGCAGACGGGGGAAGAAUACCCGAAGUGUUGCGGAAGCGGGGAGUUUGACCCACAAGCGCCCUCCUCAAGCAGAAAGGUGAUCGGAGAGUGGUUGCCCUCGCUGACGCUUCAUCCCAUGGGAAUGGCCAUCGUGAUGAUCAUAGAGGCGGUGGUGGUGGGCAUAGCCAUCUACGGCUGCACGAAGGUGUACAUGGACUUCAGGUACACGGCAUGGUUUGUCCCCAAGGACUCCUGGCUCAAUGACGCCUUCGCCGUGGAGGACAAGUACUUUGGUGGCACCAAGAUUAAUUUCUACGUCUUCACGAAGGAGCCCUUGGAUGGGGGAACGUAUUUCGAUCACCUGGACGAGCUGGAGGCUCUCGGGGAGGCCAUGCGGAACAGCACGGACAUAUCUGACAGGCCGCUGCCCUUCACUUUCUGGUACGAUAAUUUCGUCCUGUGGCUCAAAUUCUACCACCCCACGGAUCUGAUCAACGACCGGCCUCCAGACGCUGAUACCUUCACCGAGUGGACAAAGGAGUUUCUGUCCACUACGGGGCAGGCCCACCUCGGUGACGUCAUCUUCAGCGAAGACAUGACGCGAAUAAUAUCCACCAGGACGACCGCCUUCACGAAACCGAUUGGACCCAUGUCGGACAUGAUCAAGGUUGUUGACAACGUCCAGGCUGCGGCGACGGCUGCCUCUCCUAACCUGCAGGCCUUCCCCUACGGGGGCCUGUUCCCCUUCAUCGACAGCUUCCGAAUCGUCACCGAGGAGACCAUAAAAAACGUCAUUUCGGCCAUGGUGGCGGUGGGACUCGUUUGUUUGCUGGUGCUGGCGGACUUCCCGACCACAUUCGCAGUCAUCGCGAUGAUCGCGCUGACCGAUCUGUGGGUGUUCGGCUCCAUGUGGUACCUCGGCCUCCAGUUCAACCUCGUGACGAGCAUAAACCUGAUCCUUGCCGUCGGCAUCGCCAUCGACUACUCCGCCCACGUCGCCCACUCCUUCCUGGUGGUGGACGGCAGCCGGCGGCAGCGCGCCCAGAAGGCCCUUUACCACAUCGGGGGUGAGGUCUUCAGCGGGGCAGCCACGACGCUGGUGGCGGUGGGUGCCCUUUUCUUCGCGGAGCACUUCAUCUUCCACGUCUUCUUCAAGAUGUUCUCGGUCAUCAUACUGUCCGGCAUCUGGCAUGGCCUGGUGGUGCUGCCCAUCGUGCUUAGCGUCAUGGGGCCACCGUCCUACAGCGCCAGGUGA